UCGAUCAGCCCAUGGAGGUAGAAUUAGCGUCGUGUGGUGCGGUAGUGUGGGCGCACACGUGUUUUCCGACGGAUGACAAAACAAUUUCCUGAACCACAUUUCCAGCUACCUACCAUCAUGACAAUAAUUCUCAGGAUGCAGAAGCUGCCAUGGUCGGCAACGUCCAUGGACAUCCGGCGAUAUUUCAACGGACUUAGUAUCCCUGAUGGCGGUGUUCACAUAGUCGGCGGAGAGGCGGGCGAUGUCUUCAUCGCCUUCUCAUCGGAUGAAGAUGCCCGCAGAGCAAUGCAGACACAGAACCGGCCUCUUUGCGGAAACAAGAUUGACCUGAUGCUGAGCAGUAAAAAUGAGAUGCAGGAGAUAAUUGCCCACAAUAGAGCCGUAGCCCAAGUUAAGUCAGAUCCGUUCCAGCAUUCUCAAAGCCCUGCCCCUUCUAAUCAGCCUGCGAUGCAAUCUGUUGGAGACUCCCUUAAUCCGACCAGAGAUCUUCCAGGUUUUAAAGACCCCUUGGAGACUCAACAUCAUUCUAAACUAACCCUCCCAAGUGAACUUGUACUCGCGCUUGGUCAAAGUUCCCAAAUUGGAGAAAUUUUCCCCGGUGGUUCUCCACUUCCAGGGAAAAUCUCUGAUCUUUUAUCUAGUUUCAGCAGGAAAAGGGAUGAUGUUCCCCAAAAUGAACAAAGGGAGCCAGAAGGUAUUCAGCGUGGAACACCAAUGCGCCAUGAUGCCAGGCCAUUUGUUGGCGAUAAGGAUGUGCAAUUUGCAGACCAGGCGAGGGGAAGCGCAUUUAGAAACCCUGAAGAACUUCAAAGGAACAUGGAGGGCUCCGGUGACAUGGAUUCACGUAUUCCAUCAGAGAGAAGGCCACCUCUUCUUCGUGAACCUGGCAGGCCAUCAAGAUUUCAGCAAGGCCCUGAUGAUCAGUCGAAAAUAUCUAGGCCACCAUAUGGACAAUACAAUGAAGAAGAGGAUGAUCGUCGCAACAAACGAUUUAAGCCGGGAGCUGAGCAUAGUCCAUCACCACGUCCUUUUGAUCAGGGUCUUCCACACCUUAAAGAAGCACUAUUGAGUGACCCAAACCAACCACAGGAAAGAUUCGGGGACAAGAAUUGGGACAGACCAUUUGAUAGACCUGAACCAGGGUUUCAAGAUAAUUUCAGAGAAAAUGCAUACUUAGGAAAUUCUGGGCCAAGUGAUCACAGAAGCGGCUUCGGUCCAGGUGACCAAGGAAACCAGAGAGGUCAAAUGUUCGAGGAUGGCGGUUUAUAUGGACCAGAGGGUCGCCGAAAUCAGAAGGACUUAGGUGUUGAAGGGGGACGACAUGCUGGAGAUCCAUUCGGCCUGAAUGAUCCUUUCAAUGUUGAUAAUUCCAGAGGAAGUAGUAGAGAAAAGGGUAGUGUGGAAGAUUACAAGAGGGACAGUGGACCUUUUGAUGGUAAUGAUCGCAAUCGGAAAUCAGCAGUAGGUCAAAGGGAUAACAGACAUCCAGCCAACAUGGGUAUGGGAGGUAUUGCAGGCCCUGAACACCAAAUGGGUACAAGAGAUUAUUUGAGGGAAAGCAGCAUUUCAUCUUCAGUUGAAACUCGAGGAGGCUCAUCAGGGCGUAUUGGUCGAGAUGACCGCAAGUAUCCUUCAGAUCCUAUGGGUUUAGGGAGUCUAAUUGGACCUGGUGAGAGGAGGGCUCCUGAUGAUCGCAUGGGUCCCAGUGAUAGAUGGGGUCCAGGUGAUCCCAUUGGUGUUGAUGGUCGCCUGAGUCCAAAUGGUCGCAUGAGUCGAGGUGGUGUAGAUGACAAUGGGACAGGUAGACUCAUGGGUCCUGAUGGUGUUCAUGGUCUUGUUGAUAAAAGAGCUCCCAACGACCGUAAAGGUCUUGAAAGUCUGAUGAGUAUGGGUGAUCGCAUGGGUCCAGGAGAUCGCAUGGGUCCAGGAGAUCGUACGGGUGAUUGCAUGGGUCCAGGAGAUCGCAUGGGUCUAGGAGAUCGCAUGGGUCCAGGAGAUCGCAUGGGUCCAGGAGAUCCCAUGGGUCCAGGAGAUCGCAUGGGUCCAGGAGAUCGCAUGGGUCCAGGAGAUCGCAUGGGUCCUGGAGAUCGCAUGGGUGAUCACAUGGGUCAAGAACAUCGCAUGGGUGGUCACAUGGGUCCGGGAAAUCACAUGGGGCCUGGAGAUCGCAUGGGGCCUGGAGAUCGCAUGGGUCCAGACGAGCGCAUGGGUCCAGGAGAUCGCAUGGAUCCAGAUCGUCCAAUAGGCCCAGGUGGUCCUAUGGAUCAAGGAAGUCGCAGAGGUCCUAAUGAACGUAUGGGUCCUGUUGGUGAUAUGGGUGAUCGAGGUCUUAUGGGUCCUGAUGAUUACAUGGGUCCGGAUGGUCAAAUGGGCAUUGAUGAUCGCAGGGGUUUUCGUGGUCGCAUGAGCCCAGAUGAAUUUAGAGAUGUUGGUAAUUACAUUGGAGCAAAGGGGCCAUCAGAUUUCAGGGGAUCAACAGAGUAUGGAGAUCUAGUUGGAAACAGAGGACCAAAUGAUCGUAACGACCAUAGGAGGAGGCCAGGGCCUGAGGGUCAGUGGGAACCAGUUAGAAAUAGUGGUCCAGGAAGGUUGGGACCUGAUGGACGCUUUGAGCCAGAAGAACGUUUUGGUCCAAGACGUCCCUUGGGUUCAAGGGAAUAUCAGGAAUUUGGUUCAAGAGAUUACAUGGAGCCUGAAAAGAGACAAUUUGAUUUGGAAAAAAGAGAAGCUAUUGAAAGACCCUUUGAAGAACGUCCUGGACCCCAUGAUAGGAUGGGAAAAGAUGAGUUUAUGAGAUCAAGAGAAGGUGUGGGACCCGAGAAUCACUUUCAACGACAGAGUCGUUUCGCACCUGCAGAGGGUCAAAUGCGGCAAGAGAAUCUAGGUCCAGGAGGGUUUAGAGGAAUGGAUGAUCAAGCAAGGAGAGGUGAUGACAUGAGAAGAGGUGAGCGUGGCACACCAGGGCCAUAUUCAGAUGAACCAAAACUCCCUUCUUUGCUUGGUGACAAGUUACCUCUGUCCAAACACAGUGAGGAAAGAGAACAGCCUCAUGAUAGAAGAUCAGGUGAUGACUGUUGUGUCCGCGUAGUUGGUAUGCCGUUGGGUGUCACAGUAGCUGAUGUUGUCACCUUUUUCAGUGGUGUACGCAUUGCUGAUAACAGCAUACGGUUAGUUGUUGAUAACUUGACCAACAAGCCAAAUGGUAACGCUUUUGUUAAGUUUGCCAGUGCAGAAGAUGCAACCAAAGCAUGUAGACUCCCUCGAAAAUUUAUGGCAAACAGAUACAUUGAAGUAGGCCGAUGCAAAGAGUAUGACUGGAUCAAUGCCAAGGGUUACAGAGUCCAACCUGAAGCUCUCCCUUCAAAGUUAGAAAAACAAGGAAUCCAUAGGUCUCGUUCCCGCUCACCACUUCGUUCUACCUGUGUUGAACUAAAGGGGAUACCACAUCACACUGAAGUCCAUGGCAUCAAAGACCUUUUUUAUGGCACUAUUUUAUCAAGUGACAAAAUUGUAAUUUUGACAAGUAGCGAUAACACAUCUUUAGGAAGUGCAUUUGUUGAAUUUCCGGAUCAUCAGUCAUUUGAUAAGGCACUGCGCAAACGUGAUUUGUAUAUUGGUAGGCAUUCAGUGGACAUUAGACCAGUCGCUAAAGAAGUGAUGAACACACGUAUUCUUGAACACAAGAAACGAAACCCAGACAAACAGACAAGAUCAGCUUCCAGUUCGAGAGACCCAAAAGAUGGCAGCUCCAGAAGUAGAAGUUCUGCAUCAUCCAGAGACGCAAGGAGUUCUGGAGCAAGAGACCGCGACACAAGGGAACCCAGCUCCAGAGAUAAGAGCUCACGCGACCAAGAUUCAAGACAGUCAUCUUCUAAGCAUGGCAGAGACAGUCAAAGGAGCAGUGAUAAGGAGCCGAAAUCUAGAGACCAGGAUUCUCGACAGUCUACACCCAGAAGCAAAGACAACAAAGAAACUGGAUCAAGGGUCUCAGAUUCUCGAAGUCGUUAUUCAGGAGAGUCAAGCAGCUCACAGAAGCGUGAUAGCGAUCCAAAAAAUCAGGACACUAGAAAGUCAGGAUCAAGCUCAAAAUCAAGUCAGAGAGACUCUGACCAAAAGAACCUGGCAAUGUCCUCAAAAUUACCAAGUUCUCAACCAGCCAUGAAAUCCCCGCCAGUCCAGUCAGGACACAUUGUUAAGAAUGUGACUCCAAAGAAAGAACCCCCUAAGGUACCUGAUCACGUUAUCCCUGUGGAGAUUCCCAUCAUUCCUGCCAAUGAAAUGAAAAAACCGAACCCAGAUGAGAAAUGUUGCAUCCACAUGCGUAACAUGCCGUACAAUACAUCCGAAGAUGAAAUACACAGUUUCUUUGAUGAGAUGAAGCUCAGACCCCUGAUGGUGCAUUUCUUAAUCACACCGGACGGACGACCAAAUGGACAAGCCUACGUAGAAUUCGCAAAUGCUGCUGAUGCACACAAAGCCAUCGCCAAAACAGAUGCUCGCAUCCAGGACCGUAGCAUCCUGAUGGGCAUUUUAACAAGACGCCACCUAGAAGAGUGCCUCGCUCAAGGUAGACCUCCACAUCCACCUCCUCAAGGGCCACCUGCUGGACCAAGAGGACCACCAUUUCACCAUCGUUCUCCAGGUGAUUACAGACCACCCCUCCUUAACACCCCGGAUGGGCGAAGGGAUGGACCACCAUUUGGAAUGAGAGGACCUCCAAGAGGCCCCCGACCUUCUCUACCCCCUAUUGAGGUCCUCAUCGGACGAAGGUGUGUGGUUGGGGCCAGUAACCUGCCCUUCGAUAUCCCAAUACCAGCCAUUAUUGAUUUCUUCAGUAACCAUAAUGUUGUGCCUGAAACUGUGAGACUGAAGACCACUGAGCGAGGAAGGACUACUGGAGAAGCCAUGGUUGCCUUCAGGACUGCAGGGGAUGCUAGUCGGGCCAUAACAGAUCUGAACGGCAGUGUCAUUGGAGGCAGGACACUUCGCUUGCAUUUGAUGAAACCAUAAUUAUCUACGCACCUGUUGCGAUAGUGAGCCUGGAGCUGUAAAACGGAGAAGAAUGCUCAAGUGAAAGGGCCACUCUUUCCAGUGAAAUGUACUCGUCGUUUAAAACUUUCAUUUUUUUAAAGUACUUUUUUAAAAUGUGAUUAUGGGAUGGAAACUUUAUCCAAAUCAACCCUUGCUCUCUAAAAAAGUUAUUAAGUUAAACCAUUGCCAAAUGCUUCACUGUAAACAGUUGUUUGCAAAUUCAAUGGUUAAAGCCAUUAUACACUUUCGGUACAGAAAAAAAAAUUCACAGAUUUACAAAUAAUUUACAGGGUUUACA